AGAGGUUCCGCGUCGAACGAACGAACUCCCAACAUUAAACGGAUAUACAAUAUAUAGAUAUAUAUACUUAUACUCGAUCUAUCACUAAGCAUUAUGCAGUCCAGUUGUGUGAUCGUGCUCGUCUUGGCCAGCGCAGCGUUGGUUGCCGCUCGCCCCGAACCACCUCGUGACACUUACAGCGCUCCUCCCUCGAGCAGCUAUCAGCCAAGUGGACCAAGCGGGGGCUACGGUGCCCCAGCACCCCAAUAUGGACCACCUCAGCAGCCGCCAGUGGUGCACAAGCACGUCUAUGUGCAUGUGCCACCACCAGAGCCAGAGUACCAGGCUCCCAGGAAACCUCUGUAUGUGCCGCCACCACAGAAGCAUUACAAGAUUGUGUUCAUCAAGGCGCCGUCGCCACCUGCACCAACUGCACCCAUAAUUCCUCAGUUCCCCCAGAACGAGGAGAAGACUUUGGUCUAUGUGCUGGUCAAGAAACCAGAGGAGCAGCCCGAGAUUGUCAUCCCAACGCCAGCGCCCACGCAGCCCAGCAAACCGGAGGUCUACUUCAUUCGCUACAAGACCCAGAAGGAGGAGACUGGCCCAUAUCCCAACAGCAUUGCUCCUCCCUCGGAAUACGGUGCUCCUGCCGCUCCGCCAGCUCCCUCGGCGCCCAGCAGCUCGUAUGGUGCGCCUUCCCACUAAGUUGGGCGUUGGACUUGUGGAAUCCUCCUCAGCCAGUCCAUAUAUCAUGGUUAUUCCCAUUGAAAAACAAGCUACACAUCAUGGUUUUUGUUCAUCUCUUUUAUUUUUGUUUUUGGUUUCAUUUCAAGAAGUAGAAAGAAAAAAAAACGAUUUAACGUGUGACAAAGUUUACGAUCUACGAACAUUAUCCCCCAAACAUUACUCCCCUCAUUAUUGUUGUUGUUUCUUAUGUAAUUUUUACCUCUAAACAUUCUCCAAUAGGCUGUUUGUUUCAAUUUGUUUGUGUAAUCUUAAGUACAUAGUUGUUUAAGCACAUGCGUUAUAUACCAAGAUUUAUCGACUAUAUAUCUCACAUAUUCGACUAUAUAUACUAUAUAUAUAUGAUACUAUAUAUGCUCGUACACACGAUACAUUCAUCGCAAAUGCAUUUCAACUAGGCAAAUACCUAACAAACUACUUUCAGUACAUUUUUGUUGUUGUUGAGCACGAGGAUAAUUGUGUGCAAAUAAUGCGAACACACGAAAAACGAACAAAAAAAUUUACAAAACGAAACAAAAAAGAAGAAUGAUACUCAAGUAUAUAUUGUAUAUGUGUAUAAAAUGAAUGGAAAAAGUGAAAUAAAAAGUUUAACA